AUGGGUGCCGAGAGUUAUGUCAAAACGCGUCUCACUGCCCGCCAGCUGCAGCGUUUCUAUGCCGAACAUCAGCGCAACGGCCCUCUUGCCAACGCCGAGAAAAUUACGGCCGAAGAUCUUCGUCUAGCCUCCCUGAUCGAGCCUGACUGGCAAAACACCUACGCCACGGAAGAUGAGCCUGACUGGCCGGAGAAAUAUGCGACAAGUGCGAAUUCUUUCAACGGCGUCCUGGGUCAAUUCAGAAAUCAUGCGAAGAAGCUCGAGAAGGCUGCUUUGUUGGGUGGCGCUCCCACCGAGAAGAAGAGGGAUGAGAACACUGAGGCUCCAGUUGACGACAUUGUCGAUGAAGAUCCUACGCCCGGAUUCUGUUCCAAAGACCAGGAUGUUGAUUGUCCUCAAGAGCAAGAGUGUCAAUACGAGACACCUUCCGACUCAGCAGCACCUCAAACACAAACAAAUCUUACCGGCAGCAGCUCAAAGGCGGAGACACCUGAUGAGCCCGAGGAUCAUCGCCGUGUCAUAUUCGCAGAGCCCAAGGGGCUGGCCAUACGAUCCGUCUCCUCGAUUGGCCCUCCCUCCUCCACCAAGCGCAAGCAAGACUUUCCCGCCGAGGCGCCCAAGAGUAUGGAUGAGACUCGCCCCGAGGCGCAACUUGUCGCAGAAGACGAGGGCAAGGGUCGGCUUGCAUUAGGUGCCGUUGCCGAGCGCGAUGACUACUACCUUCAUGCGGAAGGCGAAUACAGUACAGACUAUGCCAGAAGAGUCAGUUCGUCGAUGAGUUCCGCUACAGCUCACCCGAUGGUCAGUUGUAAGCCGCAACGCGAGGAUGGUUUGCAUGAGAGUUCUUGGAGGGAGAACCAUGAUCACUUUGUGAGCUUCGACGACCUCCAGAAGCAUACCGGAAGCCGUGGUUCUGGCUCCCUUGAAGGGGAAUGGACAGAAAAUCAACAGCGCCUGAAUCUGGAAGCUCAUGAUGGCGAACAAUGGGACCCGCAGCAAUUGAGGCAGCGCCAUAAAACCAUGGGAGUGCGACGUCAAGAGUCUGUCAGAGCUCAACGCCUCAAGGGCCAGACGGAGGGACAUGAAGGCGACGGGGACAGGGAGCAGGAAGUGCCGACUAUACUCACAGAGGAGAAUUUGCGUCGGUUUUGGAGGCUCCGGAACAAGGCGAUGGAACGUGAGCACGCGGCUCGCGAGUGA